ACCAUAGAAAGUCGAAGUGCAUGCUGGGGACUGAGUGAGUUUUUUUUUUUUCGGGCGGAGAUAAUGUUGUUUGCACAAAUGGUAGCAAGAAAUUUCCAUUAAUAGAAGUUUGUAUUGCACGUUUAUUGUACAAAAUUACUAUUAUGUGUCCUCUACUAUUGUUCAGUUUCAUUUACACUAGGCAGCUAUUUAAUAAUUAAGUUGCGUCAUCCUUCGUAGUAGCAAAUGUGUCAUCUAGCUAACGUUAGCCAGCUAGCUUCCCAACCGCAGAGUUAAACCUUUGAAAUUAAUGUUUUUAUACUAACGUUGGCUAAACCUUCCAUUACUGGGGGUCAUUUCGGAAGGUAGUAUUCUGUAUGAACCAUGAACUUUGCUCGUACAAGACAUAUGCCCAACUGAUUUCGACGUUAACAGACUGUAGAGAGACUAGCUAACAUUAGCUAGUAUCCGCUAGCUAGCUAACAGUGAUUGGUUUCCAAGCACCCAAGUCCAUCUUGAAUAGGCACACAGCUAUAACAGAGACAAUGGAUGAGAGCCCAGAAGCUGCUGUGGACAACGAUGACCUUGUUAUUAUUGUGGAAAACGAGGCAGAGAGCUUGCCAGCUGAAGAGGAGAGGGCGAAACAGCUAGGGGGUAGCCUCGGUCUCAUGGACACUUGCCCUGUCUGCAAGUUGAAUUUCCAUAACAGAGAGCCGAAACUUCUGCCAUGCCUCCACUCUUUCUGCAAUAAGUGUCUUCCACCUCCUUCAAGGAACUUAGUCAACACUGAACAACGGCGCGACCCGCAACUUCAAGCGGACAGCUCGAAACCACGUGAGAUCCUCAAUGUGAUCCGCUGCCCAGUGUGUCGACAAGAGUGCUGGGAGGUGGAGGUGCUCGAUAACUUCUUUGUGAAGGACUCUGUUGAGGUUCCCAGCAGCACAGUGGAGAAGACCAGUCAGGUGUGUAUGAGUUGUGAUGACAACACAGAGGCCACGGGGUUCUGUGUGGAGUGUGUGGAGUUCCUGUGUGUGACAUGUAUUGAGGCCCACCAGCGAGUCAAGUUCACCAGGGAUCAUACCAUACGGCAGAAGGAAGAGAUGUCCCCAGAGGCUGUUGGUGCAUCCACACAGAAGCCAGUGUUUUGUGACAUCCACAAGCAGGAGCCCCUCAAGCUGUUCUGUGAGACCUGCGACCGUCUCACAUGCAGAGAUUGUCAGCUGCUCAAGCACAAAGACCACAAUUACCAGUUCCUUGAGGAUGCCUACAGAAACCACAGGCAACACCUGGAAAACAUGACACAUCAGCUACAGGAGAAGAGGAAAGCCAUAGAAGAAGUGUCCAAUUGCAUCAACAAUGGACUCCAGCAAGUCGAUGAAAACCGCAAAUCUGUCACCAAUGAGAUAAAGAAAUCAAUUUGCAACUUGAUCAUGGAGAUCAACAGAAAGGGAAAAAUCUUGGUCAAUCAACUUGAGACACUGACUAAGGACCAUGAGGUCGGACUGAAGAAACAACAAGAAGAUGUCAGCCACCUGACCAGACAUCUAGAUCACGUCAUCAACUUCACCAAGUGGGCCACAGCCAGUCACAGUGGCACAGCUCUGCUGUACUGCAAAAGACUGAUUCUUUGCCAAAUCCAUUACCUAAUGAGGGCCAACUGUAACGCAUCCAUCGUCCCUCAGAGCUCAGUCCGCUUCCAGUGUCGCUCCGGUUUCUGGGCCUCAAAUGUCGACCUUGGGUCUUUGGCAGUAGAGAGAAUCCCUGGUCGUCAGCCCAGUUCCAUGCAGCAGGGCUUCCCUCCUGGCCACCCCAGCCAGCCUGGCCCCGGCCCUAGAGGAGAGGGCCCUCCCGGGGCCUUCCCUCCAGGCUCCACCGCCCACCAGCGUGGGAGCACCCUGGCCCAGCUCCAGCUGCAGGUAGAGAAGCUUGCUCAGCACCCCAACAGGGCUGGACAGCCCCCUCCCAAUCAUUGGUCCUGGUACCAGCAGGGUCUGAAGCUCCCGGGGCCAGGUCCAGGGGGCCCACCUCCACAGAGGCCCCACCAGGGGGGUUCUCCAUCACAGGGUCCCCCCAACAUGGUCCAGAUCCAGCAGCCAGGCCGGAGUUACGGACCCCCCGGCCCCCAAACCCAUCCCAACCCCAGGAGCCCCACCUCUAUGCUGCAAAACGCAGGCUUCCCUCCUCAGUCUCUAAGGGAUCUCAUCCACAACUCCAGCUUCCCUCCCAAACCAAUGGAUGUGCUACAGGGUACCUCCCGCUACUCUCAUGCACCUCCUAACACAGGACCCAUCAGCACUCAAGCCUCUAUACACCAGCGUAACAUGAUGGAAGCCGCACAACUGAGGAGGAGUGACCCCAGUGGAUCUUCAUCAUUAUCCAUGCCCAACCCCAGAGCUAGUUAUGCUCCGAGCCUAGCCACUGCCUUCCCAGACAGACAUGCACAAGGAAGACAGAAUUCCCCCAUGUCCAAAUCUUCCUCCUCUGAAGCCAACAUAGGGUCUGCUUCCUGGAAGCGUACAGAGCCUCAUGCUGCGGCUCCCCCCUCAGCUAAGCGGAGGCGAAGGUCGUCCCCCGGACCAAUCAUCGUCAUCAAGGACGAACCAGAGGACGAUGACGAAGUCAGCUUUGUGCAGUCUAGUGUUGGAGCCUCAGCCAGCCUGCCAGACAGUAGUACAGGCAUCCAGCCCAAGCCCCAGCAGCUGUCUCUCCCAGCACCCAUGUUGGAGCCCCAGCUAGAGCCAGAGCCCCAGCUAGAGCCAGAGCCCCAGCUAGAGCCAGAGGCCUGGCCAGGGCCCCCGCUAGAGCCAGAGGCCUGGCCAGAGCCCCAGCUAGAGCCAGAGCCCCAGCUAGAGCCAGAGCCCCAGCUAGAGCCAGAGCCCCGGCUAGAGCCAGAGGCCCGGCCAGAGCCCCAGCUAGAGCCAGAGGCCCGGCCAGAGCCCCAGCUAGAGCCAGAGGCCCGGCCAGAGCCCCAGCUAGAGCCAGAGGCCCGACCUCAGCCCCAGCUAGAGCCAGAGGCCCGACCUCAGCCCCAGCUAGAGCCAGAGGCCCAGCCAGAGACCCAGGUAGAGCUAGAGGCUGACCCCCAACCAGACCGAGAAAAGGCCCCAGGUGUCCCUGAAGACGACCCGAAUGAAGACUGGUGCGCCGUGUGUCAGAAUGGGGGAGAACUGCUCUGCUGUGACAGAUGUCCCAAAGUCUUCCAUCUGAACUGUCAUAUACCUUCACUUAGAGAGUCUCCCAGUGGUGAGUGGUUCUGUUCGUUCUGUCGUGACCUGGCCAGUCCUGAGAUGGAGUAUAACCCAGAUAGCCAGGGAGAAUCACCAGCCAUGAAGGAAGAGCCAGGAUCAGAGAGAUUCCCUCCAGUUGAUAAGAGGAAAUGUGAGAGACUGUUGCUCUGCAUCUACUGCAACGAGUUCAGUACAGAUUUCCAGGAGCCUGCCUCACCGUUGUCAAUCCCAGAGUAUAAGGAGCUGAUUGAGACACCAAUGGACCUGUCUAUAGUGAAGAGCAGGCUGGAGUCUAAGGAGAGCCCACGUUACUGCAGUGCUGAGGAGUUUGUCAAGGAUGUCAGGCUCAUAUUCAGGAACUGUGCAAAGUAUUACCAGGCAGACACUGAGGUGGGAGGUGCAGGACUGAGCCUGGAGGAGUACUUUGAAGAGCAGCUCAAGCUCCUCUACCAAGACAGGAGCUUCUCUGGGGGCAGAGAGGAGGGAAUGAUACCCCCUGUGGAGGAUGAGAUGGAAGAAGGGAUGGAAGAUGAUGGGAUGGCUCCUAACGAAGGGGAUAUGCCCCCGGUCGAGGACGAUCUAACACCUGUUGAAGAAGGGAUGCCUUCUAUGGAGAAAGAAGGAACGGAAGAGGCUCCUGUGGAAGGAGGGAUGGAGGAAGAAGGGAUACCUCCAUUAGAAGAGAGCAUGGAAGAGGAAGGGGAAGAGGCUUCUCCAGUGAAAGGAGACUCACCACCUUCUGAUGCUACAGAACCAGCAGAUCCAUCAACAAGGGGUGCAUCAUCACCCAACCUUCCCAGCAAGGAUGCUCCUCAACCCCUCUCCUCAACCCCAGACAACCCUCCCUGCGAGGAGGCCCCCCAACCCCUCUCAGAUACCCCAGACAACCCUCCUGACACCAGCCCUGCUGACUCCCAGGACACCAGCCCUGCUGCAGGCUUAGCCAUAGAAAAUGAGGGGACGACUGAAGAAAUGCGAGACGAAGCAGAAGAGGAAUGAUUCUUGUUCUUCCACUGUAAAUUGGCCGGACAAUAAAGCUUUUAGAAUUAUCUAUUGGUUCUGUUGUCUGAAAAUACAGGGUGACCUCUUUGCUGCGUCAUACACUUUUUGAUAUGAUUUUCAAUAAUAAAUAAAGAAACCGAGAAACCUGGGACGUUUAACAGGGUACAGAGAUGGACAAUGAAUGCACAAAUGUUUGUCUUGUUACAAAGCAAUGUAGCUACAUGUAUGAACUGAUAAUGCACAGACUGUUCUGUUUGCUGGGAUUGAGAAGUUACAAUCAUGCUGUAACUGAUGAACUUUCUACAAUAACAAUCAUAACACACAAAUAAUGUCCAUUAUUAUUGAUAAGUUGUCUGUAAUUUUCCAUGUUGGCUUUUGUAAAGAUGAAUGCCAUAUAAUACUGUAUAUUUAAAAUAAUGUACGUGAUAUUAUUUAUCCAACUCUAAAGAAAAAUAACUGCAAAGACAGAACUCAAUGAAAACCAUAGCCCUACAUCACGUCUUAACUCAAAGUUUUUGAUAAAGGUCAAUCAUUUAAACUUUUAUGUAUAGUUGUGUUAUAAUUUAGUUCAAUUCCAGGCUACUCUUGUACAGAACAUUGUUAAGGAGGUAUUCUGAAAGGUGGACUCAGCGAUAUAACAGAUGCAAAAGGCAAACAGCAUAGUGGGUCAAUUUCAGCGACAACUAAGAGCGUGCGGCUCAACUUCUCCGCUGUUUUGAUGCCCUGGCUACCGUGAAGUGAACUUUGUACAUGAGCAGAUACUGUGUGAGAGCGAAGUCUUGCAUCCGCUCAUCUCAGUAUCUGCUGUGCUGCUGGUGGCAAUGUCAUUUUUCUGAGUCUACCUUUAAGACUGUUCACUAGAUUACAGGGAUGUAAAAUGAAAGUGCAGUGUUCUCGAACGGUGCUGCUUGAUUUUUGGCAUGUAAAGAGAACCAAACUGUAGCGCUCACUUUUCCUUUUUGCAUGUUUUCUUGUUGCCUGGCUACCCAGACUUGGUCUGGCCAAACGCUAAGGCCACGGACGUUAUUUCUUCUCCACUAUCAGUCUGGAUCUGAGUACCCCCCAACCCUUCACCGAAUGCGAACGCAUUCGGGGCCGUCUGAUUGGUCCAGAGACCAAUGGUUUGGGCCAGAGUCAGAACACACGUGGAUGAAGCUUCCAGUUAGAAAAUGUGUAAUUGACUUUGAUACUCUUGAUUGGUUAGAGAUGAUCCAAUCGAUGAAGACUUUGUUUUGUACAACGCCCCUCAUGCCACCACAAGACUUCAAUAGAUGCUGUAAAGAGGUCACUGGAAAGCAGACUUUGGGGGAUAGAAGAAGGUUGCCAGAUUGGUGCACAGUCAACAAAUCUGAUGUAACAAAGUGCAUAUUCGUCAAAUCCGUCAUGAUUGAUGUAUUGUAACAGGCCCACUGGUUACCAAAGUCUGAUUUGGAUUUAUUUGGCUGCAUAACAUUUAGAAGUAGUCCCUUUUCGGUUUAGAAGUGACUGCUAAAUGCUAACUCCUGUUGGUGUAGCUAGUAGCAUACAAUAAAACUUGAAUUAAACGCUGUCUCAAAUAUCCACCUGUCCCUUUUAAUAGCCAGGCAAUGGCACACAUUUAAGCAAAUAAACGCCCCUUUCAAAGAAACGUAGGGUCUAAAUGAAUUGUUUACAGAGGUUCCAUCAAUGACCAAAAACAGCCAACAACUUCCGGAGUACAGACCCCCAAAAAUCUCCCGAUCGCCUUCUAUUGCCGAAAUUAAGGACUGACGAAAAUGCACAGUCAAGGAGAAUAAUGAUUCUGUCAAAAAGUUUUUUAAAUUAUUUUUUUGUUAACAGAGGCACACUAAGAGAAAAGAAACUUGACACAAUGUGUACAUGAUAACACAGUGUAGGAAAUGAAGAAAUGUAUUAAAAUGCUGGAAGUGAAUGCUGGAAUUAAACAAUUAAAUAUGCAAAUGAGCAAAAGCUGUGUGGAUUAAGGAAAAUAGAUGCCUGGCUCACAUUAAAGCCUGUCUCAAGUA